AUGGUUUAUGAAUAUACCAAACCCCGAGCGCCGAUUGCGGCCAUGUACAACAGUCCUGGACCUUGCUAUGGAUUACCUGCCCUGACGGGUCAGACAAGUCACGAUCCAAGAAGUUCACACACAAAGACGCCAGCUUACUCUUUUGGUGUACGCCACGGUAAAUUCUGGGAUGACUGCAGUCCAGGACCCUGUUAUUAUCCAGAUCCUAAAAUUUCCAGAGGAGGAAAAGACGGGACUCCUCACUAUUCCUUGUACAGUCGUAACCAAGAUGGAACUAUGUUUAAAACCCCUGGCCCAGGAUCUUAUCAGCCUGAACACUCAGGACCUUCAGCCAGCUACACCCAUCCUUCCCACAGUUUCGGUAGUCGACCAAGAUACCGGAGAAGUGACAACGUUCCAGCUGCCAAUAGCUAUAGUCUCCCAGGAAUGACCGGCAGCACCGUUCAGAGUGGCAAACGCCAAGCUCCCAAAUUCAGCCUGUCAGGUCGCCAAAGGACUGGGGGCUUCUCUGAAGAUUUGGCCAAAGCCCCAGGACCAGGAACUUACAACACAACAGACCCCAGCACCUUCAAAUCAAAGGCACCAUUAUACAGUAUGACCUGCCGAAACACCAUGCCAGGCGAUGCCACCCAGAAACCCGGUCCCGGCGCUCACUCUCCACAGGACACAUGGGCCCACAAAAACAAGAAACCAGAAUAUUCGUUUGGAAUCCGCCACAGUCAGUAUACGGCACCUUUAAUUGUUGAUGUUCAAGAUUAAUUGAAUUACUCACGUGCUUUGGACACACUUUAUUUUUUACAAACAGGCCACAUCCAUGGGUG